AUGGAAUUACUGGAAGGAUGUGUUUCAUUCAAACACUCCCACAGGACAGGUGUGCGGCGGCAGGCUGAGGCGGCCCGGCUGUGGAGAGGCGUGGUGCGGCGCGGCGACACGGUGGUCGACGCGACGUGCGGCAACGGUUACGACACCAUGGCCAUGGCUGCUCUCGCCCUCGCCCCCGCGCCACCCAGCCAUGGCGAUGCAGGGAGCACAGGGGAGGAGGUGGCGGGGCGAGUGGUGGCGAUGGACAUACAGGAGGAGGCCGUCAGCAGAACCCGUCGCCUGCUGGCAGCUGGGCUGUCAGACGCGCAGAUGGCUCACGUGCACACGGUGUGUGCAUGCCACUCCACGCUGCUCCAACAUGUUGCUCCGGCCUCUGCACGUCUGGUGGUGUUCAACCUCGGUUACCUGCCUCAGGCCCACCACGCCCCCUCUCCUGCCACCGGCCCUGAGGGCAUCACGACGCAGCCGGGCAGCACGGUGGCAGCGCUGCAGGCAGCAGUGGCAGCCACAGCGGUGGGUGGCGUGGUCAGUGUCAUGGCCUAUGUGGGCCACCCAGGGGGCAGGGAGGAGUAUGACGCUGUUGUGGAGGUGGCAGCGUCUCUACCUGCUGACUCUUGGGUGUGCUGGGAGCAUCGAAGCAUCAAUCGGCCCCUUUCCCCUCGAUUGGUACUCAUACGCCGUACAAGAUGA